GAACAUGGGUAGAGAGAGAGAGGCAUUUCCAGGCCUGUGUCACUGCUCAUGAAGUGUCCCUCUCAGGUGGGAAGCAGUUCUCAAUCCUAGGUCCAGUGUCAUGGUGAUAUGUAGACUUAAUUAGGUGCAACAGUGCCCUGCACCUGAUAAUUCUUAUUUAUUUGUUUAACAUUCUUGCAUUUAAAAAAAAUUUUUUUUUUGGACAGUGACACUACAGAGAGCCUUAAUGUGGUAUGAUCACUCUAAAUAGUAUAAUUUCCAUACUUCCAUAAUGAUGUUAAUUUGAUAAAGAGCCAUGUGUGGCUAGAGAUGUUUCAUUUCUAACAGACUUAUCAUAAUCAUCAUGUGUUCUUUUUAUCCCAUCUUUUUUUUUUUUUUUAAUCACUAUGGCUUCAUUAUAAAUUCAUUAUACCUGUGGUCUGGGAGGUGGCACAAUGAUAAAGCUUUGGAGUCUUAAGCAUGAGGUCCCGAGUUCAGUCCCCAGCAGCACAUGUGCCAGAGUGAUGUCCGGUUCUGUCUGUCUCCUCCUAUCUUUCUAAUAAAUAACUAAAAUAUUUUUUUAAAAAUGUAUUACACCCAGUGGCCAUUUUUUUUCUUAUUUAUAUUUUUGUGUUUUAUAUAGGUGAAGAGAAUUUAAUAAGGAAAUUGAAGUAGAGAUAUCUCUGUGUGUGUGGCAGUUGAAAUUAUUCAUGUAUGAUAAAUGAAACUAAUGUUUAUUUUAUUUUAAUGAGAGAACUGAAGGUACUAAGAAGACACACCAGACUUUGAGCUCUAAGUCCCCAGGGGCUGUAGGUUCAAUUCCAGUGACUUUCUACUUCACUCUCCCUAUCAAAUUCUCUUUACCUAUAUAAACUUUACAUUAUAAAUAAGGAAGACAAUAUCCAAAGCUGCUCAGCACUUGUGAAGAGGCCUCACACCCUGCAUGUGAGAACUAGGAUAUUGAAUCUAGGUCCUUUUAUAUGGCAGCAUGAGCAACCUAUGCGUGUACUCCCACAUAGCCACUAAGGUUUUAUCAUUUACUAAUUACAAAACUAUAGAGGGGAAAUAGUGUGAAUAGGAUUAUCUCUCUGUAUUCAGGGCUUUGUGAAAGAGAGUCCAAUGUUCUAAUCAAUGUACCACCUUCUAGAGCAUGAUUAAGAGGUAUUUGGUUUUCAAGUCACCAAAGACAUGUUUGCAGAUGAGACAAUCAUUCACAGGCUUCCUAAACUAGAGACUGAAUGGCUAAUCUGCUGUCACUCGCAUUUUCUCACAUGAACACAUUGCAUAUAUUUUAGGGCUCAGUGACCUAUGAAGAUGUAACUGUGAUAUUCACUCAAGAGGAGUGGGCACUAUUAAAUCCUUCGGAGAAGAAACUCUACAGAGAUGUGAUGUUUGAAAACUUGAGGAACUUUCUUUCACUAGAAAAGAUACAAGAACAUUCCACCAAAGGGCAGCAUAACUUGCAUGGCAGUAAACAAAGUAAUACAACAGUAAAAUUUUCUGAGGACAAAGAUAGUCAAAUUGCUAGAAUAUCUCAAGAACAUGAAGUAUAUAACAAAUUAUUCACUUAUCCUAUUCAUCUUCAAAAACAUGAAAGAAUUCACAGUGGAGAGAAACCGUAUGAAUGUAAACAAUGUAAUAGAAUGUUCAGGAGAUCCAGUCAUCUUUGGGAACAUGAAAGAAUUCACAGUGGAGAGAAACCCUAUGAAUGUAAACAAUGUACUAAAACAUUCAGUUGUUCCAGUAGUCUUCAGACACAUCAAAGAUUUCACAGUGGAGAAAAACCCUAUGAAUGUAAGCAAUGUAGUAAAACAUUCCGGCAAUCUGGUGGUCUUCAAAAACAUGAAAGAAUUCACAAUGGAGAGAAAUCCUAUGAGUGCAAACAGUGUAGUAAAACAUUUCGUUCUUCCAGUAAUUUUCAGACACAUGAAAGAAUUCACAGUGGAGACAAACCCUAUGAAUGUAAACUGUGUAGUAAAACAUUCAGUUCUUCUAGUCAUCGCCAGAGACAUGAAAGAAUUCACAGUGGAGAGAAACCCUAUGAAUGUAAACAAUGUAGUAAAACAUACAGUUUUCCUGGUGUUCUUCGGACACAUGAAAGAAUUCACAGUGGAGAGAGGCACUAUGAAUGUAAACUAUGCAGUAAAACAUUCAUAUCAUCCGGUAUUCUUCAGACACAUGAAGGAAUUCACAGUGGAGAGAAACCCUAUGAAUGUAAACAGUGUAGUAAAACAUUCAGUUGUUGCAGUCAUCUUCGGUCACAUGAAAGAAUUCACAGUGGAGAGAAACCCUAUGAAUGUAAACAGUGCAGUAAAACAUUCAGUUGUUCCAGUACUCUUCGGACACAUGAAAGAAUUCACAGUGGAGAGAAACCCUAUGAAUGUAAACACUGUAGUAAAACAUUCGGGCAAUCCAGUCAUCUUCGGAGACAUGAAAGAAUUCACAGAGGAGAGAAACCCUAUGAAUGUAAGCAAUGUAGUAAAACAUUCCGGCAAUCUGGUGGUCUUCAGAGACAUGAAAGAAUUCACAAUGGAGAGAAACCCUAUGAGUGCAAACAGUGUAGUAAAACAUUUCGUUCUUCCAGUAAUUUUCGGAAACAUGAAAGAAUUCACAGUGGAGACAAACCCUAUGAAUGUAAACUGUGUAGUAAAACAUUCAGUUCUUCUAGUCAUUGUCAGAGACAUGAAAGAAUUCACAGUGGAGAGAAACCCUAUGAAGGUAAACAAUGUAGUAAAACAUUCAGUUUCAGUCAUCUUCGGACACAUGAAAGAGCUCACAGUGGAGAGAAACCCUAUGAAUGUAAGCAGUGUAAUAAAACAUUCAGUUGUUCCAGAAGUCUUUGGACACAUGGAAGAAUUCACCGGGGAGAGAAACCCUAUAAAUGUAAACUAUGUAGUAAAACAUUCAGGUGUUCUGGUAAUCUUCGGAGACAUGAAAGAAUUCACAGUGGAGAGAAACCUUAUGAAUGUAAACAGUGUAGUAAAACAUUCAGUUGUUUCAGUUAUCUUCAGAUACACGAAAGAAUUCACAGUGGAGAGAAACCCUAUCAGUGUAAAUGUAGUAAAGCAUUCAGUUCUUCUAGUGGUCUACGGACACAUGAAGCAAUUCACAGUGGAGACACCCUAUGAAUGUAAACAAUGUAAAAAGUAAAGCAUUCAUGGUUUCUCAGUCUCUUCAGUUACAUGAAAGAAAUCAAAACUGCAGAGAAAGAAACCUCAUGAAUGUAACCAAGUAGUUUUAACAUUUAAGCCAGUUUUCUUAAGAGAUUUGAAAGAUCUCACAGAGGAUAGAAACCCAGUGAAUGUAAACAGCAAAACAUUGAUUUAAGCCUGUCAUCUUUGUCAACAUGAAAUAACACAAUGGAGAGAAAGUUGAUGAAUAUAAGCAGUGGUGAAAACA